AUGAACACGACAUUUCCUAGAGUGAACACAAGUGUUGCAGCUUUGACAACGUUGCUGUCGGCAAACAGCACACCAAAUGUGACAGAUGCCACAGUAUAUAACCAACUGGUGAAUGGAUCUAUCACAACAAAUAACCCUGUAGAGAAUGGAUCAGCCACCGCCAAAUACGACCAACUAGUAAAUGGAACCGGUGCUACCGUCGUAAUGCUUGUGAUUCUAAUGGUAAUAGGAGUAAUAGGAAAUAUCCAUGUUUUGGCUGUUUUUGGUCUUAAUUUCCAGAAGAGUUCCACGUAUGUGACGUUUGUGUUUUCUUUGGCAGUAAUAAACUUCCUGAUGUGCAGUAUAGAAAUUCCUUUUGAAAUUUUGGAUCUUCUUUAUCCGUACGGUCUUUUUAGUGGAUCGUUUUGUAAAGUAUUCAGAUCGUCAAAUGCUGGUCUGUCGAUGAGUUCCGUCUUUCUUCUUCUUCUUAUUGCAGUUGACAGAUAUAAACGAGUUUGUCACCCUUUGAAAAUUCAAUGGUCCAUUAAAAAGUCAAGAAUACUUAUUGUGACCGUUAUAAGUGUCGCGACUUUUCUAGCUAUCCCGGUUAUUUUCGUUUUUGGACCUCACACGACAGAGAUUGCCGCUGGAGUACACGUACAGAAAUGUUUCUUUGACGACAAUGUGAAGGGAAGUUUGUACCCUCUGAUGUAUUUGGUUGUUUUACAACUAGUGGCAGUGGUGUCGGAGUUGGUUUUAGUGUUUUCUUACCUUUCAAUAGGAUUAGCAAUCAGGAAGCACGCCAGAAAGCGGGCUAAAAUGACGCAGUUUCAAAUAAAACGAUCAAAAAUCAAAAAAGUUUGUUCUGAGAAUUUGAAUAGCCUUAGCAAUCAUUCAUCCCUUAGUGAUAUGGACAGCGUAAAAACUUUGUCCAUAAGUAUCAUUGAUAUAAAAGAAAAGAUGGAAAUGUCUGGUGAUGAUCCUAAAGAACAUGACAAUGAAAUCUCAAAAUAUGAUAAACAAAAGAGUAAAACAACGCAGACACCCGAAGCAGACAACGACUUUAGCGACGUACAUGAUGAUGAGGAUAAUAAUCGCAAUUCUUGCUCAACGACCCAGUCCGAGGUCAAAAAUAACAUUAAAAAGAAAAGAGCCAGUAUUAAUAGCCAGGCGAAAAAACACACGAAAGUUUUUUUCGUGGUCACUUUGGUGUUUAUAAUCAUGUACACGCCAUAUCUAAUUCUUGGAGUGUUUUUGGCAUUGAAAGAUAAAUUCCGUGAGAACAUGAAUGACGUAGAACUAACGUUUUAUCGUUUAGCAAUGAGACUUGUAUAUGUCAAUGAUGUUAUUAAUUGUUUUAUUUACGGUGUUUUCGACCAUCGAUUCAAAACUUGUGUUUUUAGAUUUUACAAACGACUGUUUUCACUUUUUAAAAGAAACUAACUUUGCAGUGAUCAAUGCAAGAAAUAAUAAGCCUGAGCGAUUACUAUACACUCAGGUGUCCAUCUCGCCUGAGCAUCUUG